ACGGCAAGUCCCUCUGCCACAAUGAGCUCUGAACACGAAGAAACUGAUGUUGCGAAAACUGUUGUCAAUGGGCUGAGCAGCAUCGGACAGGAGAAAGAAACAGAUCCCACCAAAGUCUGCAGCGGGAAAGGAGCUGUGACCCUCCGGGCAUCUCCUGCCUAUGAAGAGAAGCAGAAGAUCCCUUCGCCAUGUCCUCAGGACGUUGAGCAACCUGAAAAUGAUUGGAGGUCGCCAUCCAACACCGAUGCCAACGGGGAUGCCCAACCAUCUUCUCUGGCUGCCAAGGGUUAUAGGAGUGUGCGUCCGAACCUUUCUUCAGACAGCAAGCCACAGGAUGCCACUGCCACCACCACAGCUCAGCCUGGGGUUAUAGUAGUCCCCCUCCUCCAGGUUAAUCCCGACAGACAGCACGAAGGCAGCUCCAGCACUCCACCACCGCCUCUGGUUCCCUUUGGGCAAGGCUCCGCGUUCCCCGAGACUGGUUCUCCUGGCUCACCCUUGACUUUUCCGACUCUAGAUGAUUUCAUUCCCCCACAUCUGCAGAGGGGUUCCCACCAUAACCAAGCACCCUCCGCGCCCGGCACGUUACCCUCUGUUUACCCGAAACUGCCAUUCUUCUCAUCACCACCUUCACUUGUCCCUCCGGUCGCGGGGGCUUUGCCCAGGGGCUUGAAGCCUGAAAUCGCUGGAGUCAUCUCACAUACAGAGCCAGGUCCUGUGCUAAAUGAGGUGCCCCAGCUGGGCACCGACUAUCCGACCUCCUUCACUUCAAUCAACAAGUCUUCCUCUGCCUAUCCCUCCACCACCAUCGUCAAUCCCACUAUUGUCCUCCUGCAGCACAAUCGAGAACAGCAAAAAAGGCUUAGUAGCCUGGCAGAUUCAGGGCCAGACAAGGCAGUUUCAGAUAAAGUUGAUUCGGCGCUCAUACGGGACAAGCCAGGCCAGGAGACGGUGCCAAGCGAGAAGAGGGCCAUGGAGGAGAAGAGGAGCGGUGUCAGGAGCCCUCAGCACGUGGCCGAUACCUCCAUCGAUGAUAUUGGCAUUCCGCUCAGGAAUACAGACAGAUCGAAGGACUGGUACAAGACGAUGUUCAAGCAGAUCCACAAGCUAAACAGAGAUGAGGAUUCUGAUUCGUACUCUCCUCGGUACUCCUAUUCUGAGGACAGUAAAUCCCAGCUUUCGGUUCCCCGCUCCAAGAGCGAGAUGGACAACAUUGAUUCGGAGAAGGUUGUGAAGAGAUCGGCCACUCUGCCACUGCCAAACCGCACUUCGUCGCUGAAAUCAAGCCCAGAAAGGACUGACUGGGAGCCGCCGGACAAGAAGGUGGACACCAGGAAAUACCGUGCAGAGCCCAGGAGCAUCUACGACUAUCAGCCAGGGAAGUCCUCGGUUCUGAACAACGAGAAGAUGACUCGGGAUAUAAGCCCAGAAGAGAUAGAUUUAAAGAAUGAACCUUGGUAUAAAUUCUUUUCGGAAUUGGAGUUUGGGAAACCGCCUCCAAAAAAGAUUUGGGAUUAUACUCCUGGAGAUUGCUCUAUCCUUACUAGAGAGGAUAGAAAGACUGAUCUAGAAAAAGACCUCUACCUCUACCAGACUGAGUUAGAGGCAGAUUUAGAAAAAAUGGAGAAGCUUUAUAAAGCGCCACAUAAAAAGCUACAGAAAAUAUUUCCUAUUCUUUUCAGUGCGGCCGGUGUUCCUCCUCUGGAGACUUCUGCCGACCACGCUUCCUACUCCACGCAUUCACCCAGCUACCACGCUGCGAAGAGGGAGUUGGAGCCAGCGCUGGGCGACGCUACUGGCUUGGAGAAUGAAAGGCAGAUUUACAAGAGCGUGCUGGAAGGCGGAGAUAUCCCGUUCCAGGGGCUGAGCGGUCUCAAGCGACCUUCUAGCUCCGCUUCCACAAAAGAUUCAGAAUCACCAAGGCAUUUUGCACCAGUUGAUUACAUGGAAACUCCAGAAGAAAUUAUCCGCCGACGGCAUGAUGACAAAGAGAUGAGACCUGCUAGAGCCAAGUUUGACUUCAAAGCACAGACGCUGAAGGAGCUUCCUCUGCAGAAAGGAGAUAUUGUUUACAUUUACAAGCAGAUCGACCAGAACUGGUAUGAAGGCGAGCACCAUGGCAGAGUUGGCAUCUUCCCGCGGUCGUACAUCGAGCUCCUCCCGCCAGCUGAGAAGGCUCAGCCCAAAAAGCCGUCACCACUGCAGGUAUUGGAAUACGGAGAUGCUGUUGCGAAGUUCAGCUUCAAUGGCGAUACCCAAGUGGAGAUGUCCUUCAGGAAGGGAGAAAGGAUCACGUUGAUUCGCCGAGUGGACGAGAACUGGUAUGAAGGGAAAAUCUCCGGCACCAAUCGCCAGGGCAUCUUCCCCGUCACUUACGUGGAAGUGCUCAAGCGGCCGGUGGUCAAGAACGCCAUCGACUAUCCUGACCCACCAAUGUCCCUCUCCCCGAACCGCAGCGUGACAGCUUCACCGCAGCAACCUCAAGCACAGCAGCAAGAAGCCAGCCCUGACAGAAGUCAGACACCACGAGACAUAGUCAGCUACCAAGCCCUCUACAGCUACACGCCCCAGAACGACGACGAGCUGGAGCUGAGGGACGGUGACAUCGUCGAUGUCAUGGAGAAGUGUGACGACGGCUGGUUUGUGGGUACGUCCAGGAGAACAAGGCAGUUUGGCACCUUCCCCGGCAACUACGUGAAGCUCCUGUACCUGUAG